GGAAGCACGCGCGGGGAGCAUGCGCGUUGGGCGGGGGCGCGCUUGGCCGUUGGAACCCCCUUCCGUCCCCCGUAACGGCGGCCGUAACGGCGGCGGGCGAGUCGCAAGGCUGCGCGGGAGUCACCCACAGCCUCGGAACACGGACUGUGAGGAAAUGGCCGAGCGCAGGAGGAAGAAGCGCGCUGAGGCGCAGCCGGAGCAGCCGGAGCAGCCCCAGACCCCCCGCCCCAGUCCUGGGGAACCCGAACCAGAGAAGCAGCCGCUCAUGGAGGAGGCCCCUGGGAUCCCGCCCGGCCGUGCGUGGCUCCUGUUCUUGAUCCUGGUGCGGCUCUGUGAGAAGGCGCGCAUCCUGCAGACGCCCCGGACCCGCCGCAGCACCGCGCUGGGCCUGGCUGCCUUUCUGGGAUUUUUACAUUGGAUACAUUUAACAACACUUUUUGAGAAUGAUCGCCAUUUUUCUCAUCUCUCAACUUUGGAGCGGGAGAUAUCAUUUCGCGAUGAAACGGCACUUUAUUAUUCUUACUUCAAGACCCUUAUUGAAGCGCCUUCGUUUUUGGAAGGCCUGUGGAUGAUUAUGAAUGACAGACUCACUGAAUAUCCCCUGGUCAUUAAUACAGUGAAACGGUUCCAUCUUUAUCCAGAGGUAGUCCUAGCUUACUGGUAUCGUACAUUCACAGGAAUAACGAAUUUAUUUGGUAUACAAACUAAGGCCUGCUGGAGUGUCACCAGAAUGGGAUUUCCUAGUGAAGUUGAGAGCUGUGAAGGAUUGGGAGACCCUACUUGCUUCUAUGUGAGUGUAAUUUUUGUCUUAAAUGGGCUCAUUACGGCUUUGCUCUUCAUCUAUGCUGCCUACUUGAGUGGGAGUCAAUUAGGAGGUCUAAUUACAGUACUGUGCUACUUUUUCAACCAUGAAGAGGCCACUCGUGUGAUGUGGACGCCACCUCUCCGCGAAAGCUUUGCGUAUCCGUUCCUGGUUCUUCAGAUGUAUAUUGUUACAAGGAUUCUCAGGACCUCCAGCAAUUAUGGAAAACAUUACAUUGCCCUUUGUCUUGCCAAUGUUGCUUUUAUGCUUCCCUGGGAAUUUGCUCAGUUUAUACUUUUUACACAGGUGGCCUCAUUAUUUUCCAUGUACGUUGUGGGGUACAUUGAACCAAGCAAAUUUCAGAAGAUCAUUUAUAUGAAUAUGGUUUCAGUUAUCGCCUGUUUUAUUUUGAUGUUUGGAAAUCCAGUAUACUUAUCUUCUUACUAUUUUUCAUCUUUGUUAAUGACAUUGGUGAUAAUUUUAAAGAGAAAUAAAAUUCAUAGAAUGGGAGUAUCUGAACUCAACUUUUGGCUAAUUCAAAGUUGUGGUUGGUGGCUUGGAACAAUCAUUUUGAAACUUCUGACUUCUGAAAUCUUAGGCGUUUCAGAUCACAUUAGCCUGACUCACCUUAUAGCAGCCAGAAUCUUACGGGAUAUAAAUUUUGAUACCUUAAUGUAUGCCUGUGCUCCUGAAUCUUAUUUCAUGGAACAAGCGACUCCACUGAGGUACACAAAAACGUUAUUGCUUCCAGUUGUUAUGGUGAUUACUUAUUUUAUCUUUAAAAAGACUAUUCGUGACGUUUUAUGUGCCUUAUCUACAAACACUUACCUAAGAAAACAGCUCCUUGAACAUGGUGAGGUAAAGGUCUCCUCAUUUCACUCUGUGCUGGUUUUUCACACACUGCAGUUGUUCGCAUUUGCAGCCCUUGCCGUUUUGAUUUUGAGGCUGAAGCUGUUUCUGACACCACACAUGUGUGUAAUGGCUUCCUUGAUCUGCUCUCGACAGCUCUUUGGCUGGCUUUUUCGUAGAUUUCGUUCUGAGCGUGUUAUCUUUGGCAUUCUAAUUGUGAUGUCAGUACAAGGUUGUGCAAACCUACAUAAUCAGUGGAGCAUAAAAGGAGAUUUCACUAAUUUGCCUCAGGAAGAACUUCUACAGUGGAUCAAGUACAAUACCUUACCAGAUGCUGUUUUCGCAGGUACCAUGCAGACAACAGCGAGCAUCAAGCUGUCCACACUGCACCCCAUUGUGAACCACCCGCACUACGAGGACGCAGACAUGAGGGCCCGAACAAAAAUAGUUUAUUCAGUGUAUAGUCGAAAAUCUGCAAAAGAAGUGAGAAAUCAGUUGCUGGCAUUACAUGUGAAUUACUAUGUUUUAGAAGAAGCAUGGUGUAUUUGGAGAACCAGGCCAGGUUGCAGUAUGCUGGAAAUCUGGGACCUGGAAGACCCUUCCAACUCAGCCAACCCCUCCCUCUGCAGCACCCUGCUCCAGGGAGCAAGUCCUUACUUCACCACCGUGUUUCAGAACUCUUUUUACAGAGUAUUGAAGGUUAAGUGAGAAAGAGACUGUGUCAGACUCUUCCGAUGGAAAGACACAUUAAAGGCACACACUUACCAUUCAUUAAAAUCGCAAGCUUUAAUAAGAGUGGCUUAUAAUAAGAGAUGAAGAAUGGUUUAAAGUUUUUCUGAUUGCUAAAAGCAAAUUUACUGUUUUCCACUGAAUGUCAGCCUUGUUAAACUUGUCGCAUAGAUAAUUUUACUAACACUCAGGUAAGAUUUUUUGUAAUUCCUAAUUUAAAAAUCUUUUCUAGUCAAAAGUUUUUCUUUUUAAAGCAGCUUGGUUUGUAAUAUUUUGAAUCUCUAGAAAUGUGCUUACCCAAGCAGUUAAGUAUUUCCUCCUAAUUAGUUCUCAACCUAAGUUCAACAGGUAUUAACCUCUCUUUAGAACCCAGUGGUUUUUCUGUUACUAUCCAGGAAAAAUAAAAAUUGUUACAGUACACAAACAAAUUUGUGGUUAAACGUAAUCAGAAAGGAACAUUGAGUUAGAUUUAUUAAAUGAGAUUAUCAGAUGCUAAAUGAUAAAUGAAUGAAGCAAAGGCCUUUCCAUUUUAAUGGUCCUGUGACUUUUUGGUCAUAGCCUUUGCUUCCAGCUGCCAUCUUUUGUAAUACACAUGUGUAAUUCGUUUCUGUUUGGUUUUGGAUGAGGAAGGUCAUGAUUUAUAAACCCUUUUCCCCAAUAAAAACCUACCCAACAAUAAUGCUUUGAAAAAUAAUGGUGAAUAAGUAGUUGUCUUGAAGACAUAGUAGCCAUAUACAGAAUAAAGCUUAACUCUUUCUCUGGCUAAUAAAUACUAAAUAUGCUGACUCUGUAAUAUUUGAAUGUGUAUCUACUCAAAGUUAAUUGUUUUGGAGUUUGUAUAUUUAUAUGUCCCUUACAUUCUUGUAUCUCUUGGAAUAAUAAAAUGCUUUAAUUCCAUAGGUAGCUCAUUUAUAGUAGACAAGCAAUCAUACACAGAAAGAGCAGUAAAAUUAUUUUUUCAACCCUUACAGUUGUAAAAUAUUUUAAUGUAAGAUGUAAAACAGCUAAGAAAGAAUGCCACAUUUAAUUUAUUUUAGCAUUCUCCAAUAAUAUUUUUGCUAAGUGUGCAACAAAGAAAAAAGACUUAACACCUAACAUUCAUAAAAUGAGAGAAACACACUUUGGAUGAUAUUUUCAUAGAGAAUGUUUUCAAGAAGUUGGCAGAAUUCCAUAAAAAAAUAAAGGAUGAGCUAUAUUAACUGAGAAA